UCUAGACAUUUUUUAAGCAUAGACACAUCCAUAUUUGGACAAAUUUGAGUCACUUAAUAUGGGACGGAGGGAGUAUUUUUCUUCUGUCAUAUGCUCAUAUCCUUUUUAAUUUCCCACUUGCUUUUCUCUGCAUAACUGGUACUGCACCACCGGAGAGAUACUACAUUUGGUAACUCGAAUAGGAAAGAGAAAAAAGUUUCACCAGUACCGGAUACUGAAACCAGAUCUGAUUUGUGUCACUGACUAACUAAUAAUAAUAAAAGUUUACACUCAGACAGCAAAUCUGAAGGGAAGCUCAAAGGAAGCAGCUCGUGCUUGAACAGCAAACACUUGGACAGUCUAGUAAAAUAUUCAAUAACAGAAAAUAGCUCCAGAGAUCGAUCAGCAGCAGCAAUCCUUCAUCUGCAACCAAUCACGUUGCUACCACAAGCCAUUUGCUGGAGCCUGGAUGUGAGCUUCUGAAAUCUGAAUGGCAGUCCAGAUGCAGAGAAACUGACUCCAGAAGUUAAAAAAGGGUUACUCCCCCACCCUCCAGCUUCUUCAGGUACUAGUAUAAUACCUUGGGACCGGCAAAGCUUGGAUAUAAAAGAAGCGGGGCAUUUGGAUAGUAUAUAUUCGGUUAGGCGCCUCGGCCAGCGCUGCAUCGAUCACCGGCUCUCCAGAUUUGUGCAGCAUCUCGUUGCCACUUUGCCCAGCUACUUAAUUGCCAAACCACAGGAAAGGAAAGGUAACCAUCGUCUGAACCCUGAAGCUCCAUUCAAUCUCUUCUGCUAGCUGCUUUUGUUGCUACGUCCAAUGUCGACGGGGCCGGAGCUGCACGUCCUGGCCGUGGACGACAGCCUCGUUGACCGUGCCAUCAUCUCCAGGCUCCUCCGCAGCUCCAAAUACCAAGUUACGACGGUGGACAGUGGCAAGAGAGCAUUGGAGGUUCUCAGCCUGGAGCGGGAGGUGCACAUGAUCAUCACGGACUACUGCAUGCCGGAGAUGACUGGGUACGAGCUGCUGAAGCGGGUGAAGGAGACGGCGGAGCUCCGCGAGAUCCCGGUGGUGAUCAUGUCGUCCGAGAACUCGCCGGCCCGGAUCCGGCGGUGCCUCGAGGAAGGCGCCGAGGAGUUCCUGAUCAAGCCGGUGCGGCCGUCUGACGUGUCGCGCCUCUGCAGCCUGCUGCUGCCCACCGUGGCCAUGACCAUGGCGAUGCGGUAGCAAAGUAACGAUGACAUGUAGGAGAUGAUGAUGAUGCAUGGCCGUGCAUCCAUGUGUACCACUAAUUAAUGCUUAAUUAGCUGAUCAUCCUCUACUUAGACUACUGACGAAGAAGUAUCAGGCCGCGGAUAGAUGAUGAUGCAUGUAUGUAGAGUUUCACAGUUGCAGGAGAAUAGCCUGCGCCUGGCUAAAUACGUGCAUGGUGUUUAAUUUUACCUGUAAGUUGAAUAGAUCAAACUGCAAUCAACACUAGUGCAUGCGUGAUAUCCAUCAUGGUUAAGGCAGCAAUAAAUAAAUAAAUCAAGCUAUAUAUA